CCUUCAUAUACGUGUUUUAAAUCCCUUGAUCAAAUAGAGGGGGCCCUCUUUGCACCUUAAUGCCUGCAUCUGCCCCUUUUCUGUCGAUUUAUACUUAUGAGGAGUUAUUAGUGAAGACACGUAUCUACAACCUUAUGUCCUAUUCGGCUUCCCUGAUGAAAACUGGAGCUGAAGGUGUUGAAUCAAUUUUUGCAGCACGCCAAGAGAAACUGAAGAAGAAAAGCAGGGAUAUAGUAUGAAGAAGGUUGGAAUGUGCGAGAAUGCCGAUAGAUCAGAUCACUCUAAUGGUGAAGAACCUCAGGAUGCAGAUUAUUCUCAUUUGUCAUCACUAAGCUAUGAGUUAGAGAGCCUGGUUUUUGCAAGAUUUCCAAGGUCAGAGUACUGGAAAUUAAGCUUUGUGAAUAAGAGGUGUUUGGCUCUUUUAAACAGUGGUGAGCUUUAUAAGAUUAGGAAGGAGAUUGGAUUUAAAGAAUCUUCUGUUUUCAUGUUGGCAAUUGGGGAAAGCAGUUGGUGGUCAUUUGAUCGAGAAUUUAAGUCUCGAAGGAAGCUCCCAAUUUUACCAUCAGAUUCUUGUUUUUCAUUGGGAGAUAAAGAAUCCCUUUGUGCCGGGACUCAUCUUCUUGUCUCAGGCAAUGAGAUAGAUGGUCUUGUUCUUUGGAGAUAUGAAUUGGCAAAGAACAAAUGGUACAAAGGUCCAUCUAUGAUUAGCCCAAGAUGCUUGUUUGCAUCUGCAACUUGUGGCACCUCUGCUUAUGUGGCCGGUGGGGUAGGGGCAGCAGCGAAUAGUGAAGUCUACGAUUCUGCUGAAAAAUAUAAUCAAAAUGAUGGAUCGUGGGAACUACUUCCAAGGAUGAAGAGGAGGAGGAAACUUUGCUCUGGAUGUUACAUGGACAAUAGAUUUUACGUCAUUGGAGGACGAAAUGAACAUGGAGAACUAACGUGUGGUGAAUUUUUUGAUGAAACUACAAAUAAAUGGAAGCUCAUACCAGACAUGUUGAAAGAUGAUCCUGUACAAUUAGCCCAUUCACCUCCUCUUGUUGCUGUUGCAAAUAACGAGUUAUACUCACUCGAAGCUUCUUCAAACCAGCUGAAGAUGUACUUGAAGAACACGAAUGAAUGGAAGCAUUUGGGGCCAGUUCCAGUACGAACUGAUGGCAGCAGAGGUUGGGGUGUUGCGUUCAAGUCUUUGGGAAACCAACUGUUGGUAGUAGGAGCAUCCUCUGCUGGUAAUGGCAUGGCCAUAUAUACCUGCUGCCCAGAUGCCAAUACGGGGGAAGUCCAGUGGAGACCUGUUGACAGUGGCAGAAUUCGGCUGAGUCACUUUAUUUUAAAUUGUUCAAUAAUGGUAGCUUGACAGGAGGGAGGAAGGAAUCUUAAAGAACCAGGAUCCCUAAUCAUGAUAUUAAAGAAAACAAGAUUGUUUCCGUAUGUGUAAUCUGAAUAUCAUUUCUGUAUAUAUUGAAUAAAAUAGGAAUCUAACCUUGUCAAAGUAUUUCUGGUC